AUGGCUUCUUCAAGCGACCCAAACGGCGGCACAAGUGUCAAGCCGCAAAAGCAGAUUCUGCUUAAUGCCUUCGAUAUGUUCACUGUAGGACAUUUGUCCUUUGGUCAAUGGCGCAACCCGAAGGACAGAGCCAAAGACAAACGCCGUGAUCUCACUUAUUGGACAGACCUGGCAAAGCUCCUCGACAAAGGAGGGUUCGUUGGCUUGUUUUUGGCCGAUACUUUCGGACCGUACGACACAUACAAGGGCAGCGCAGAGCCAUCUGUUCGGACCGGCGCUCAGUGGCCCAUGGCCGACCCAGUCAUCCCCGUUUCCGCAAUGGCUGCCGUCACCAAGAAUCUUGGGUUUGCCAUAACGACAUCAACUUCGUACGAGCAGGCAUACGUGGUUGCGAAACGUUUCAGCACCUUCGACCACCUGACGAAGGGACGAUUCGGAUGGAAUAUCGUCACGAGCUGGAAAGAAUCAGCUUCCAAGGCCGUUGGUCUCCCGUUAAUCGAACACGACACCCGUUAUUCGAAUGCCGACGAGUAUUUACGGGUUCUUUACAAAUUGUGGGAGGGUUCUUGGUCAGACACCGCAUUGGUGGAAGACGCAGAAAAGGGCAUCUAUUCCGACUACUCUCAGAUUCGCGCCAUUCAUCACCAUGGCAAGUUUCACGUCGAUGCACCCUUCCUGACGGACCCUUCUCUCCAACGUACUCCCGUGCUGUUCCAGGCCGGCACAUCUCCCGCGGGCAUAAAAUUUGGCUCAACCCACGCUGAAGGCAUUUUCGUAGCCGGUCUCUCCCCACAUGUGGUAGCAACUAGAGUCAAGGCUAUCCGGGAGGGCGCGAUCGCCGCAGGCCGAGACCCGUACUCCGUCAAAGUCUUCGCCAUGAUCACUCCCAUCAUCGGCAAAGAUGAAGAGGACGCCAAGAGAAAGUACGAAGAGGCUCUCAAAUACGUCCUCAUCGAAGGCGGUCUUGCCCAGUUCUCUGCCACAACGGGCAUCGAUGUCUCCCAGUUCGACUUGGACCACGAGCUCACCGAGGAGGAUGUAGCAAGCCACCUUCAGCGCAUCCAUUCAUCUCUGUACAAUCUGCGCUACCGAGGUGAUGACGUGCCAAAGCUGACGCCCCGAAAUCUGGGUACUGUCACUGCAAUCGGUGGGAACGGGGCCAUGCCGGUGGGCACCGCCGCGCAGGUUGCGGAUGUCUUCCAGGAGUGGGUGGAUAUUGCCGACAUUGAUGGCUUCAACAUCGGAUAUGUGGUUACUCCGGGAAGCUUUGAAGAUGCUGUCGAGUACCUCGUUCCAGAACUUCGAAGCAGAGGGCUGUUGCCUGAAGCGAUUCCGGAGAACGAGCCUGCCCCCACUUUCAGAGAGCAGAUCUACGGCCUUGGACAAAAGGGGUUGAGGUCUGAUCACCCGGGGUUCAAGUACAAGUAUGACACCUAUCAGGACACUGUUGCCAAGGAAGAUGCGGCAAAGACUGCACCGGCGGAACAUUGA